AUGAUCGAUUCAUCAACAACGUCGCUGAGUGGUAAAACACACGAGAUGAAGGUUGUGCUGGUUGGGUCAGUGGGAGUUGGAAAAACAAGUACCGUGAUGCGAUUUGUGAAAGACAAUUUUCAAGAAUACAUUGAAACUACCAUCGGAGCCUCCUAUUUAUCAAAAGUUCUCACUAUUAAUGAUACACAAAUUAAAUUCAAUGUUUGGGACACAGCAGGACAAGAACAAUAUAAAUCACUCGUACCCUUAUACUUCCGUAAAGCAAAUGCAGUAAUUAUUGUAUAUGACAUUACGAGACAAAAAACUUUUGAGGAUGCCAAAAAUUGGUACAAAGAACUCAUUCCACAUUCACCAGAAGACGUAAUAAUAGCAAUAACAGGAAACAAGAGCGACCUGGACAAUCUUCGAGAAAUUGAACGAAUUCAAGGAGAGAAAUAUGCAAAUAGUAUUGGAGCAAUUUUCAACGAAACAAGCGCGAAGAACUCGAGUGGAAUCACUGACAUUUUCCAACGUCUUGGAAAGGCAUAUUUAUCAAAACAACAACAAUCACGAAUUGUCAAAGAUGAUGAUUUAGGAUCUGUCAAUGUUGGAAAUCCAACGAAUACAAAUAAUAACACUAACACAGGCAAUACUGGUAACUCAAACACUUCGAAUAAUACUGGAGGAAACAAUGGCGGAAGCAAAUGUCCUUGUGGAGGUGGCUAA